AUGCCGGAGGGUACCAGAAUGGCCGGGAAUGACUGGAUAAACAGUUACCUGGAGGCGAUUCUCGACGUCGGUCCCGGCCUCGUCGACGAUGCUAAGUCGUCGUUGCUGCUUAGGGAGAGAGGUCACUUCAGUCCGACGAGGUACUUCGUGGAGGAGGUCAUCACCGGCUUCGAUGAGACCGAUCUCCACCGCUCUUGGGUUCGCGCCGCGGCGACGAGGAGUCCGCAGGAGAGGAACACCAGGUUGGAGAAUCUGUGCUGGCGGAUUUGGAACUUGGCUCGCCAGAAGAAGCAGCUUGAGGAAAAGGAAGCUCAGAGGAUGACUAAGCGUCGUCUUGAAAGAGAAAGGGGCCGCAGAGAAGCUACUGCUGAUAUGUCGGAGGACUUAUCUGAGGGAGAGAAGGGAGAUGUAGUGGCGUCUGAUGUAUCGGCUCAUGGUGAUAGUGUCAGAGGCAGACUGCCGAGGAUUAACUCCGUUGACGCAAUGGAGACUUUUAUAAGUCAGCAGAAGGGGAAGAAGCUAUAUAUCGUCUUAAUAAGUCUUCAUGGUCUUAUCCGGGGUGAAAAUAUGGAGCUCGGUCGCGACUCUGAUACUGGUGGUCAGGUUAAAUAUGUAGUGGAACUUGCAAGGGCUUUGGGUAGCAUGCCAGGAGUGUAUCGAGUUGAUCUGCUAACUAGACAAGUGUCAUCACCUGACGUAGAUUGGAGUUAUGGUGAGCCCACAGAGAUGCUAACUCCACUAAGUGCAGAAGGUUUCGAGGAAGAGACAGGAGAGAGCAGUGGUUCUUACAUCAUUCGUAUACCAUUUGGUCCCAGAGAUAAAUACAUUCCCAAAGAAAACCUCUGGCCACACAUCCCCGAAUUUGUUGAUGGUGCAUUGAACCACGUAAUACAAAUGUCCAAAGUUUUAGGUGAACAAGUCGGUGGUGGGAAGCCAGUUUGGCCAGUUGCCAUCCAUGGGCAUUAUGCAGAUGCAGGUGACUCUGCUGCCCUCCUAUCUGGUGCUUUAAAUGUACCGAUGCUUUUCACUGGCCACUCACUUGGCAGAGAUAAGUUGGAGCAACUUUUAAAACAAGGCCGUCUAUCAAGGGAUGAAAUAAACGCCACAUACAAAAUAAUGCGUCGGAUAGAAGCUGAGGAGUUAUCCCUUGAUACCUCUGAAAUAGUUAUUACCAGCACUAGACAGGAGAUUGACGAGCAAUGGCGCUUGUAUGAUGGAUUCGAUCCCAUACUGGAGCGAAAAAUACGAGCCAGGAUCAGGCGUAAUGUGAGCUGUUAUGGCAGGUUCAUGCCCCGCAUGGUGGUAAUUCCUCCUGGAAUGGAGUUCCAUCAUAUUGUUCCACUGGAUGGUGAUAUGGAUGGUGAAACAGAGGCAAAUGAAGACCAUCAUCCUACUCCUGCAGACCCACCUAUUUGGACUGAGAUAAUGCGCUUCUUUACCAAUCCUCGAAAGCCUAUGAUUCUUGCCCUUGCUAGACCAGAUCCAAAAAAGAACAUCACAACUUUGGUCAAAGCGUUUGGAGAAUGUCGUCCAUUAAGAGAGCUCGCUAAUCUUACAUUAAUUAUGGGUAAUCGAGAUGGAAUUGAUGACAUGUCAAGCACAAGUGCUUCUGUUCUUCUUUCAGUUCUCAAGCUCAUUGACAAACAUGAUUUGUAUGGGCAAGUUGCAUACCCCAAACACCACAAGCAGUCUGAUGUUCCUGAGAUAUAUCGUCUUGCAGCAAAGACAAAGGGUGUUUUCAUCAAUCCAGCUUUCAUCGAGCCAUUCGGACUAACAUUGAUUGAGGCAGCUGCUUAUGGUUUACCUAUUGUUGCCACAAAAAAUGGCGGUCCUGUUGAUAUUAUACAGGUCCUUGACAAUGGUCUUCUUAUUGAUCCCCAUGAUCAGCAGUCUAUAGCCGAUGCUCUUCUGAAGCUUGUUGCAGAUAAGCAGCUCUGGGCAAGAUGUCGUCAGAAUGGAUUGAAGAACAUUCACCUAUACUCAUGGCCUGAGCACUGCAAGACUUACCUAUCUCGAAUAGCCAGCUGCAAAACAAGGCAUCCACAGUGGCAAAGAAGUGAUGAUGGAGCAGAAUCUUCAGAAUCGGAUUCCCCAAGUGAUUCCUUGAGAGAUAUACAGGAUUUGUCUUUGAACUUGAAGUUCUCAAUGGAUGGAGAAAGGAGUGGAAUUAGUGUGAAUGAGAACUCUUUAGAAUCUGAAGGAAGUAUUGAUAGAAAGAGUAAAAUAGAGAGUGCUGUUUUGGCAUGGUCAAAGGGUAUUUCAAGGGACACGCGGAAAGCUGGUUUCUCAGAGAAAGCAGACCAUAACAGUAGUGGUAAGUUCCCAGUGUUGAGGAGGAGGAAACAUGUUAUUGUCAUUGCUGUGGAUUGUGAUACCAUUACAGAUCUGAUCGAAACCACUAAAAAGAUUUUUGAGGCUACAGAAAAGGAAAGGACAGAAGGAUCAAUAGGGUACAUAUUGUCAACAUCCUUGACCAUAAUCGAGAUACGCUCGUUUCUGGUCUCUGGGGGCUUGGGCCCUAAUGAUUUUGAUGCGUUUAUUUGCAACAGUGGCAGUGAUCUUUACUAUCCAUCCAUUAAUUCAGAUGAUCGUCCAUUUGUGGUUGACUUUUAUUACCACUCACACAUUGAAUAUCGCUGGGGUGGAGAAGGGUUGAGGAAGACGUUGGUACGCUGGGCAACUUCAACCAAUGAUAAGAAGAGUGGGAGUGAGGAACAGAUUGUUACUGCAUCUGAACAACUUUCAACCGACUAUUGUUAUGCUUUUAAAGUGCAAAAGCCAGCAUUGGUUCCCCCUGUGAAGGAGCUUCGGAAGUUGCUGAGGAUUCAAGCUUUGCGGUGCCAUGUAAUUUACUGUCAAAAUGGUAACAGACUGAAUGUGAUUCCAGUGACUGCAUCUCGUUCCCAAGCCCUCAGGUAUUUAUAUUUAAGAUGGGGUGUAGAGUUAUCAAAGAUGGUGGUUGUUGCUGGAGAAUGCGGAGACACAGAUUAUGAAGGGUUGCUUGGAGGGCUGCACAAAAGUGUAGUACUGAAGGGGGUCGGCAGCAAUGCAAUCAGUCAACUCCACACGAACCGAAACUACCCUCUGUCAGAUGUCCUAGCAUUUGACAGCCCCAACGUUGUUCAGACAACUGAAGGUUGUGACAGUGAUGAUAUCCGCGGUGCCUUGGAGAAAUUAGAGGUUGUCAAGAACUAGAAAUGUGUAUUCCUGUAGUGUCACCAGAAGCAUUCUUUUUUUCUUUUCCCAUCUCGAGACCUUGCCCUCUAAACUUUCUUUGCGGGGUUCAGUCAUAAAGCUCACUAUACCUGUAUUGAUAUAUUUGCAUCUCUUCCAAAGCAAAUCCUUGGUUGCUUUCAAAUGUGGCUGCUAUUUGUUUAGAAAUAAAGAGCCAAUUUCACACCUAA